AUGAGUGUAAUUACACAGAGAUCUAUUUUUCUUCUGAAUGAUAAAACUGUACUGGCUAAAUUUUUGAAAGAGCUUAAACAAGAUGAAAAAGAUAUCGUUAUACCAGGGAGUGCAGAGUUUGAAAUGCAGAGGCAAGAGAAGAUAACAAUUCCAUACGAAAACAUGAAUCCGCAGAUUAGUGAUCUCUUUGCAAAAGUUGGGAUGCUUGAAAUGAGAUUCAGCCCGAAAGUGUCAAAUAGUCAAAGUGUAAUGGACGAACAAUGGAAACAUGUUCUCUUCAGUGAUUUCACCACUGAUAAUACAUUUGGACUUGACAUUGAGGUUGCUCCGCAAUCUGCAACCAGCUUUUAUGAAUACAAAAACACAUCAUUUAAGGCAAUCAAGAGUUUGGAACACAUUCUAAGGGUUCGCAGCAAAGAUAUACCCAUAUUUUAUCAGGAAUGGUUCCAGAAGCGGAACUUCGAUUUAGAUGAAAAGAGCAGCUUGGAACUAAUCGUUCUAAGACUUUGGAAUGCCAUACUUGCAAGAAACACGGAAUUUCCUGUGCGAUUGCCAGAUAUAGGUUGUGUAUCAUCGGUGGACUUUGUAUUACAUAACAAAAAGCAUGAAGCAUCCAUCACCUUAUAUUGGAAUUCGGUAAAGCGCCCCGUUAUUAUUUCCAAAAAAUACGUUAUUCAAGAAGCCGAUAGUAUAAGCUCCGAAAUAGCUAUCUUUAUGUCCAAGAAGCAAGCUAUGAGCACAUACGAUCCACCACUAACCGGUCUUAGAAUGAAGCUCAAUAACGAGACAUACAACGCUCAAAAUAGAAUUAUCAAGUUUUUACCUACAAUGCUUCAUGCUUCUCAGACACACAGAACGCUUCACGGGUACCAUAUCAAACACGAAAUUUUAAAGCCGGUGGGAAUGCAUCCAGAUUAUAAGAUGAGCAUAGUAGAGGAUGAUAAACGAAGUGCAUUUGCACCUCCUAGAAGCAGUGCAGAUACACAAUGCUCUCUCAUGUUGCAACUCAGUGUUCCAAAGCAGAUAAUCAUUGAUAAAUACGAAUUGGAAAGAUUAAAAGAAAAGCUGUUUAAAGAUUUCAGGGUUCACAAUAACGGAAUGAACCUCGAGCUACCUGAAUAUCGGGUAAAAGAAUGGGGCGGUGCACUUAGCGCUGUGCUAGAUGCAGAUUACAUAAUGAACCGACAAAAUGAAAGCUUUGUGAUACCACUACAUCUUCGGUACGGGAAACCACUAGGUGAUUUUCAAGAAACAUACAUUCCAAAGGCUCAAGUCUACUGGGAAUGUUCUGUGACUGAAGAUAAGCAAAAAGAAGUGCUAGCAAAAUCAUUUUAUAAUGAACCGGAUCGCCUUGGAAUAGAUAAAUUUGUCAAACAUUCGGUUUUUUAUCAUGUGCGAGAUAGCGACAGGUUAUCUUCAAACUCCAUAAAGGUGGAAAUCCCGACAGCAAAUCUGAAGGAUGCUUAUAGCAAUGAGCUUUGGACCUCAGUACUUGUGGCUUUAGGAACAAUUUAUAUACUAAUAUCUUUAGUUAAACCUCUCAGUUGA